AAUCCUGAGAACUAAACAAUGGAUGACUCACAGGUUUGACGUCACGAAAGUGUCCACAAAAUGAAGCGAGUCGUAGUAAGUAGAAUGAAAACAGGUGCACUCUGAGACUGGAACAGGAGAGUUUUUCAAGAGCAAGACACAGAAACACGCAACAGCCAUGGCUUUGGGAGGCCUCGCAAUUUUUAUGUUUAUAAUUGUUGCCUUAAAUAUACUAGCUGCAGCAGCAAGCCUGGCAUUAUUUGCUGUUGCCAUUUGGGUGGCAGUGGAUGGAUACAAACUCUACGCCAUAUCUGCGGUGUCAGGUAAAGAUGAUAUCUUUGCGGCUGCCUGGAUUGCCAUCUUUACAGGCUUCGCCUUCUUCCUCACAUGCAUGUUUGGCAUCUAUGCUGCCUUGAAAAGAAGCCGUAAUCUCAUGCUGGUGUACCUUAUCAUAAUGUUCAUCAUCUUUAUAUUUGAAUGUGCAUCGGCCAUCACAGCAGCAACCAACCGAGAUUAUCUGGUUGGAAACAGUAACCUGGUGAAGAAACAGAUGCUGAAGUACUACACCGAGGACAGUAGCAAUGGGAAUCGGAUAACAGACACAUGGAACAGAGUUAUGCAAGAGGGUAAGUGCUGUGGCGCAGAUGGUCCAACAGACUGGAUACUAUUUGAAUCUACCUACAAAACAAAUUUUCCAAAUUCAUUCAUCUGGCCUGAAAACUGCUGCGAGAAGUUGAGCAACUCUGAGGUGAAAGAUCCACAGAGUUGUAAAGUUGGUGGCCAAGCUUUGUUCAAAAAGGGUUGCUUCCAGCACAUUGAACGGGUUUUAAGUCACUACACAUGGGCUGUGAGCUGGUAUGGAUUUGCCGUUCUCAUGUUUGUGUUUUUUAUGCUACUGCUCGCCAUGGUCUACUACGUACAGUUGGAUUAAUGGUACGGACUCAAACCAGCAGCCGCACCUGCUUCAGAGGCGCUUACACUCUGUUUUCACUCCUAGCAAAAGUAACGCACCGUGUUUUCAAAUUGCACAAUGGUAACAACAUGACACGUGCAGUUCUUUGUGUUCAAGUUUGGGAUUAGUAUAAAGCAUUGAGAAAGUUCUUGCGCAAUUAUUAUUCAUACAGUUUUAUGAUGUCAUAUUAAUUUAAAGAUUAACGUGAUUUCAAUAGUAAUGGAGUUUUAUCGACUGCAUUUAUGUCAAUGUUGAUUUCAAAAGAAAAUAAUUUUCAAUGCUACAACCUUUUAAAAAAAACUAAUAAAGAUGGUUGGUUUAUUGUA